AUUCAAAAUAAAAAAGAAGCAGAUGUAAAUAAAUACCGUUGUUCGUGAACUUCGUGAAGUGAUAGGUGAUGAUUUGUAUUUGAUAUACUUUUUUUUUACUUGAAGUACUUGAAGUGUUAUUAAAAAGUUUGAAACGUAUGGUUAAUUAGUACUUUUCAUCAUGAGUGACUCCCGUGAAGUUCAACCCAAAAGGCCUGCAAGUCCCUUCAAAACGGUGUUACUGAAACUGUUCCUUUGCGUAAGAUUUUACCUAGACUUACUGAUAGAUUAUAUAUUUGGAUACUUCAACGAUUCCAAAAGAAUCUACAUUAAAAAAUGCACCGAUCCUAUCAUCAUGCAAAGUGCCACAUCAUUAGCGAAAAAAAUCAGGAACCGCGAAUUGAAAUCCGAAGAAGUCGUUCAAGCCUACGUCAAUCGAAUCAAAGAAGUCAAUCCCAUCAUAAACGCUUUAGUCGACUCGAGGUACGAGGCAGCUCUGGAAGAAGCCCGGCAAAUCGACAAAGACAUCCAAGAUGGCACAAUCAAGGACACAGAUUUCCAAGACAGACCAUUUUUAGGUGUACCGUUUACAACGAAAGAAUCUACCGCUGUCGAAGGACUGUCGUUUACUUUUGGGAUAAUAAAGAGAAAAGGGAAAAAAGCUCCGUACGAUGCUGAUUACGUGGCACUCAUUAAAAGAGCGGGGGCUAUUUGUUUGGGUGUAACGAAUGUACCGCAGUUGAAUCUUUGGCAAGAAACACACAAUCCCAUAUACGGAAUCACUAAUAAUCCUUACAAUACCACCCGAAACGUGGGUGGUUCAUCCGGAGGUGAAGCGAGUCUAUUAGCAGCCGGUGGAACUUCAAUCAGUCUUGGUACCGAUAUCGGUGGUUCCAUAAGAAUUCCGGCCUUUAUGUGCGGAGUGUUCGGCCACAAGCCUACGUCCCAUUUGAUCUCGACCAAAGGGAUAACGUUUAGAAAGGGCGACGAAGGUGAAACGAUGGUAAACACAGGACCGCUCACCAGGAAGGCCGAGGAUUUGACGGCUGUUCUGAAAAUCCUCGUUUCUGAUAGCGGUGAUCGAUUGAAAUUAGACGAACCCGUUCACAUUCCCAACGUACGAAUUUCGUACGUUUCGAAUCCCAAAGAUCCCACCGUCAGUCCCUUUAGAGACGACACGAAGAAUUGUUUAUUACGGGCCGUGAAUCACUUCGAAGAAAUUUGUAACACGCCGCCCGAAGCGGUUGAAUUCGAAGGUACGAAAUUCGCUGGAAAAUUGUGGAAAUAUUGGAUGAGCCAGGAAUCCGGAGUGGAUUUCAUGAAGGACAUAACCGAUCGCACAGGAGAAGCAAGGCCUGUUAUAGACACCAUUAAGCAUUUUACUGUCGGUAGCGAUUACACUACUUCUACUAUAUUCAAUUUCAUCAACAAGUUACUGCCGAUGCCGAAAAAGGAGUGGGCCGAAUCGGAAACGGAGAAAUUGAAGAAGCAAUUAUUAGAGAAAUUAGGCGACAAUGGCGUAUUGUUAUAUCCUUCGGCGCCGUUUCCAGCUAGCUAUCACCACGCGUCGUACUUGCGCCCGUGGAAUUUCCACUUUUUCGUCAUUUGGAACGUCUUGAAAUUCCCCGUGACUCAAGUGCCCAUGGGGCUGAGCAAGGACGGUCUGCCUGUGGGUAUACAAGUGGUAGCGGCUCCUUACCAGGACCAUCUAUGCAUAGCUGUGGCUAAAGAACUGGAGAAGGCUUUCGGAGGUUAUGUACCACCGUUUGAAACCAGCUAAUUCUAUUUUUUAAGGAUCUCCUCUUGUUAGUACUUUAGAGAUUACGUCACGUUAUCGUUUAAAGGAUCAGAAAAAUUUGUAUCUUCAUGGUGGGUUUUAUCGGCAGCGUAUUUUUGAGGUGAUUUUUUUAUUGAAUAAAUGUUUUAUUAUUAGCAUAUUGUUUGUAUAUGAAAUUGGUUUAAUGAAAUCACAAGUGUUCAAAAGAACAAUAAGAAGAUAAUGAAGAACAAGACUAGAUUUCUUCAUAAGUAAAACUUACAUGUAAAUUUAGUAUCAAAAAAAGGCUUUGUUUAUAAAAUAAUAAUUUGAAUUACAAUUUUUAACAAUACUUAUCGAUCUAAAAAAUAAAUA